CAGAUUGUAGUAUUUGUACUGUACAAGUAUGGCCGACGGAGACACCUCAGCAUGUGCACCUGCAGUGGACAAGGACCUGCUGAAGAGCAUCAAGAUAAAGAGUGGGGUGGUGAAGAGGGUGCACAAGGAGGGACAGUACUACGUGAAGGAGGCGGAGAAGUUGAAGCAGAAGGUGGUGAAGAUGAAAGAGGAUGGUGCGGAUGAGUACGAUGUCCGCAAACAAGAGGAGGUAGCCCAAGAAUCCGAGUCAAUGAUCCCCGACUCAGAGAGGAGACUAAAAGUAGCAAUUGAAGACCUGAAGAAUGUGUUAUCUGGAGUGAGUGACUCAGACACGGCCACAAGGGAAACUAGCGAGUACAAAACUGCAAUUGAAGUGCUAGACGCAGCCACACAAAGCGCCUCAUAAUCAAACAAACUAAAAACUUAAUCGACCAGUGAACGUUUAAUUGAUUUUCGAGCUGCCCAAAUUUCGUAAAUAAUUGUUUAAUAGCAAAAGAGUUGGAUGCGUUAGUACCUAAAAAAAUGUAUAUGCAAAAUGAAAUUUAGAAGAAAAAUGAUAAGUUUGUAAAAUUAUGGAUAAAACUUUUUCAUUUGGGUUGCUUAAGAUUGAAUUGGAGGCUAAUUAAUUUUCAUCUUAAAUCCAAUGCCUUUUAAAAUGACUGUAAAAAUAAACUAUGGAAAAUGAAUUGAUUGUUUGAAGCUGCUAUAGAAAAUAGAACUACAUGCUGUGUGAAUAGUGAAUAAUCGUGUAAAGUGUUUUUUUUUUUGCUACAUUCAGUCAGUAUGUUGUAAACUGAUAUGUGUCAUUCAUGUACAGUUCAUAAAUUUGCAUAUCAGUUUUGGCCAGUGAUUUUAGUGCUCAGGAUUAGUUCCAAAAGCUGAGUAGUGAAGUUUAUUCUUUAAAGCUCGAAAUUUCGGGGAAAAUUUUUUGUCCUUGAGUUAAUUGACGUAUCCAGCCGGCAAUAUUUGUUAUUUUUUUUCUUUAAAAUUCAUCUUAAAAAGUCUC